UUUCCGGGCUCUUGGGUAUUUUAAGGCGCGUGCCGCUAGGGUCGCCUGACUCCCAUCAUUCGGUGCUCCGCUUCUUGCUUUCACUGCUCUCGGCUUCCCGGGCGCCAUCAGCCAUGGGUCCCUGGCUCUACUUGGGGCGCGCCGCCCUGUUGCUGGUGCUCUUGGGAGUGUGCACGGUGCGCUCCGACACACCUGCCAACUGCACCUACCCCGACCUGCUGGGUACCUGGGUCUUCCAGGUGGGCCCCAGACGUCCCCGAAGCGACAUUAACUGCUCGGUGAUGGAACCAAGAGAAAAGAAUACAGAGGUCGUGGUACACCUUAAGAAGUUGGAUACGGCAUAUGAUGAAUUUGGCAAUUCUGGGCAUUUCACCCUCAUUUACAACCAAGGCUUCGAGAUCAUACUGAACGACUACAAAUGGUUUGCCUUUUUCAAGGAUGUCACUGAUUUUAUCAGUCAGUUGUUCAUGCAGCUGGGAACUGUGGGAAUAUAUGAUUUGCCACAUCUGAGGAACAAACUGGUUAUUAAAUAGAUCGUCUGUUGGGAGGCUCUUUAAAUACCACAGCCAAGAACAGACUUUGGUUUAAGAGGCAAACACCUGGAUCUACCUCUAGCAGCUAGUGGAGGCCAUGGCAGCUACAGUCCCUUCUGGAAUCUGUUUGCAUGUAACAUGCAAAGGAGUCCUGGUGACCUACCUCCAAGGCAGCUGCCAUCCUGAACGUUUCCUUGGAAAACAGUAAUCACCACUGUGGAAUGUGAGCAACCAGAGACUGCACAGAAAGAAGGAAAAACCCCGUGGAAGAGAUGAAGUCUCAGGGGGCUUCAGCAUUUAGCAUUUUCCUAAGUCUUUUUUCUUUCUUUCCUUGGAUGAAUACUGUUAUGCUAAAAAGGUUUCUCCAAACUCAACAGGAUUUGGGUUUUGGGUUUGUGGACCUUCUUUUUCUGUUGUGUCACGGUGAACAGUUUGCUCUCAGUUAACUCACUUUUCCCGGGUGCCUUCACUUUCUCCAAUCACCUUCAGGAACUCCCAAACCUAUAGUAGAAGAAAAGAAGGCUUUGAGAUGACCUGAAAUGGGCAGAUGUUAGCUAUUGAAGGGAAGAUGUUUCCCGGGAAGAAGGAAGGAUGUUUUCUUAGCUAAAUACGAAAAGGUGUAUCUUCUCUGGCACAGUGGUCCCCUGCAGUGCCUCCAGCCAGAAAGAUGAUGUGAUCAGUGCCUUCCUUUUCUAUUGUUUUUCUCUUCUCUUUUCUUUUUUCCUUCUGUUUCAUUUUUUUUUUAAAUUAGGUGCUAGCUUUUUGCUAAGACGUUGACUUACUAUAUAUCUGAAGGUCCUAUAAAAUUGAUGGGCCUCAUUUCAUUUCACAGAUAGCAAUGGUUAGCCUCUUAGAAAGUUUAAGCUCAUAAGAGUUUUUGACAGUGAGGCUGGGAAGAUGGUUCACAUAAUUAAGAGCACUGGCUGCUCUUCCAGAGGUCUUGAGUUCAAUUCCCAGCACCCACAUGGUGGCUCACAAACAUCUAUAAUGAGAUUUGGUGCCCUCUUCUGGUGUGCAGGUAUACAUAUAGGCAGAACACUGUAUACAUAAUAAGUAAAUAAAUAAAUAAAUCUUUCAAAUAAAAAGAAUAGAUAAAACUUGAGUAAAGAAAAAAAGGAGGAAAAGAAAGAAAGAAAACAACCCAAAAACUCACCUAUCCAACACUGUGUCACGUGCUGUUAAUAUCCAGCACUUGGAAGGCAGAGGCAGGAGGAUAACAAGUUGGAGGUCAGCAUGGUUUACAUAUCAGCCUGGCUAAUAUUUAAAAAAAAAAAGAAGAAGAAGAAGAAAAAUAGUUUCUGACUGUAAAAUGAUACCCCUAAUCUUUCAAACUUAAGGACUUCCCUGGGGCUAAAAAGUAAAAGAAAAGCGAUCUCACUGAAGUAAAUGGUAUUUAGAGCCACAGUUGGCUAGUUUUUCUGGUGAAUUCCAGCACAAAAGCAUAGUGAAGGUUAGUUUUGUGGGGUGGAGUGUGUAUUGCUUUGGCUGUCACUGAAGCCUUAGGAGAGUGUUUUUCCAGGUUAGGUCUUCAUACCCUUGAGCCCUCUCACUUUCUUGCUUUGAACCAGAGUUCUUUGACUAAGCAGGUGACUUUAACUUGUCUUUCCCCUUUGCUGUCCCACACACUGAGAAUCAAGCUUUUGAACAUAAGUGUAAAGCCCAAUGGAAUCCCUUGUGAAAUGGCCUUUCCUUAAUAGCACUAUUGUUCAGCCUGAUUGCUGUCUUGAAGCUCCUUCCUGCUAAGCAGUGGAGUCAUUUCCUUCUCCCUUGGUUUAGAACUGACUUGGAAGAUGGAAAAGGUGCACGUAUACAUAGCGUGUUUUAUCUACCCCACUCUUCUCCCGUGGCUCAGUUAGCUCAGAAGAUUUGUGAUCUCUGAGUCAUCCUGGCGGUUUUAUGCCAUGUCCAAUUUACUGGUUUGCUGAUUUUUUUUUCUAAAUCCUACCUCUAGUUUCCAUAGUCUUCAACAUCUAGAAUGUGGUCACCACUCCAUACGUGGGAAAGAGGCCAUUAACAAUUCCCCAUGUCUUCUGCAGGUGCCUCUGGUGUGUCCUUGUAAAGAAAUGGCCUGGUGUCUUUAUCCACCAGGAUACCCUUCCAUUUUUCUCUCUUUAUCUUCACCACCUAAUGCAGAUAGAACUUUAUAGGUCUGGGGAAGUGAACUCCACUUUUCCUUCUGCAGACAUUUUACAAGUAACGCUGGCCGACAACGUAUCAGCUACUUUUCUGUUGCUCUCAUAAAACACCAUGACUAAAGAGACCUAUAAAAGAAAGUGUUAAAUUUGGCCUACCGAUUCAGAAGAGUCCAUGAUGGUGGCGUGAUUACCUCUUGAACCACAAGCUCUAGGCAGUGAGAGCUAUCCGGGUAUUGUGGAAUUUUCUGAAACCUCAAAAUCCAUCUCUAGUGACACACCUCCUCCAACAAGGCCACAAGUCCUAAUCCCUCCCCAUCAGUUCCACCAAGUGGGGCACAAAGUAUUUACGCCAAUGAGCCUAUGGGGGUGGGGAGGUAUCCUCAUUCAAACCAGCACCCAACACAUGGCUUUUCUUGGGUUCUGGAAACACUGACCUGGGAUGUGCUAUAUCUUUAGUUCUCUGUUCUAAAAAAUAUUAUCAAGUUUCCAGCCUCCA